AUAACACACUGUAGCAGACGACGGCAGCCAUUCGAUAUCAAGGCGCUGAACGGCGAUACAGCAUCCCUGUUUCUUCCUUUAUUCUUUAUUGAGGAGCAAUCAUUAGAGGAUUAACCAUGCCCGGCAAUAAGAGACAGGUUAUCGUAAUUGGCGGAGGCAUCAGUGGUAUGUCCGCUGCCAAAUGGCUCCACGACAGGAAUGUUGAUGUACUUGUGCUGGAAGCACGGGAUAGAGUCGGUGGAAGGACACACACUGUUAGGAACGAUAAAGUGAAAUAUGUAGAUGUAGGCGGAUCGUACGUAGGUCCGACCCAGAACCGAGUUAUCCGGCUCGCUGAAGAACUUGGCAUCCAGAACUACAGAGUCUUUGACGAAGACGCGGCGCUUCUCUCUCUCAAUGGAGGAAGAAAGAAAUACUAUACUGGGAUGCCCACCUCCAAUAACCCUUUUGUAAUGAUGGAUAUUAUUCACUUCUGGAAACUAGUCGACAAACUUGGAGAACAGAUUCCUGUCGAUGCGCCGUGGAAUUCUGCUCGAGCUGAAGAAUGGGAUAACAUGACGACAUCUGAAUGGCUGGACAAGAUCUGUUGGUUUUCCUACACUAAGAAGGUGGCCGAGGCAUUUACUAGGGUCGUGUUCGCUACGGAAGCUCAAAACAUGUCGCUUCUUUACUUCCUCUGGUACGUCAAGAAUGGCGGAGGAAUAUACAGAAUCAUUUCAACUGAUAAUGGUGGUCAGGAAAGGAAGUUGAUUGGCGGCUCACAGCAAAUCAGCGAAGGGAUAGCAGAUAGACUUGGAGAUGCAAAUGUCUACCUGGAACAUCCAGUGAAAUGUAUAUCCCAGGAAGGAGCGGGCAUUACCGUUACCACAGUCAGUGGCAAAACAUUUGAGGCAGACUAUGUAAUCAGUGCAGUUCCAAUGGCACUUCUCGGCAAGAUCUCUUUUAACCCUCCACUUCCAGCUCUCAAAAAUCAGCUCAGCCAAAGAAUUCCAAUGGGUUCAUGCAUCAAGACAAUGACGUACUAUGAUCGACCUUUCUGGAGAGGUUUAAGUUUCUCAGGUUUUAUCUUGACUGAUGACAUCGUUGUAGCAACCAUUGAUGAUACGAAACCUGAUGGCAGUCUUGCUUGCCUCGUCGGAUUUGUCAACGGAACAUUCGCCAGGAAAUACACUUCUGUAUCCAUGGAAGAAAGAAAGAUGCUGGUCGCCAGAUGCUAUGCCAAAGUAUUCGGAAGUGAGGAAGCGUUGAGACCAACUCAUUAUGUAGAGAAGAACUGGAUGGAAGAAGAAUACAGCGGAGGUUGUUACAUGGGAGCCACGCCUCCUGGUGUAUUGUCCAUAUAUGGCAAGGUGAUGAGGGAACCGGUAGGCCAGGUGUAUUUUGCCGGGACUGAGACUGCCAAUCAUUGGUCGGGAUACAUGGAAGGAGGGGUACAGGCUGGAGAGAGGGCAGCAAGAGAGGUUCUCUAUGCCCAGGGCAAGAUAAAGAAGAACGAAAUCUGGCACGUGGAACCAGACAAUCCAGAUUGGCCUUAUACCAAAUUCGAGAUGAGUUUCUUGGAGAGAAUGGCGCCCUCUAUCAACGGUCUGCUUGGUUUUCUUGGGACCUGUGCAACAGGUCUCCUUGUUGCCGGUCUGGCUGUCCUUUACAACGAUCAGAUCAGGAGCUUUCUCGGAAAGUAGAUUGAAAAAAAAAACAUAGACGGAAUUCCACUUUCAAUCAUAUUUUUAGAGAAGGUUUGGUUUAAAGAGUUAACAGUGACACAGAAAGUAUUCAGAAAAUAUCUUGCGAUGAAAAGUAAUUAUUUGAAUUGGAAAUGACAAUGCUUCACGCCCCUCCCCCUAUGAAGACAUGUAAGAUUUUACCAAAGACGAUGAACAUUUUAUACGUAGAAAAGGUUGAAAACUGAUGGUAUCCUUCGAUUUUUAUGUGACAGAAGUUUUCAUCUGUCAACAAAAUGGAAUUCAUAUUGUGUUUAACAUUUUCAUCUUUCUUAAAAUAUGUUAUUUACCUAUACCAAAGAUUUAUAUUGUUCGCUUUGUAUAUGAAUUGUAUCAUUACUAUUGCGCAUUUCAUAUCCAUGUUUGUGUUUGAUGUUCAAGGCAACUUGCAUAUUUGUUUACAUUUGUUACAAAGUAUUACGUGAAAUUUCAUCCAAGAAACAUUGUUUUUUGCCAGAUGUUUCACCAAGCAAACAUGCAUGUUCCCUUUACCAAAUGUUUAUUAACCAUGAUUUUAGAGUGUAUUGAUUGAUAGAAAUGCAUCAUUAACGAUUGAUUGUGGAAUGAUUUUUCUAAAUCUCAGGAAUAUCUCACGUUCGGCUUGUUCGAUCAAAAAAAAAGCAUAAAUCAAUACAUACCUCAUAUCAAAUCGAAUUGUCAGGUUGGCGUUACAUAAUAGUGUGUUAAAAUGAAAUGAAAACGUCAACUAGAGAUGCCCAACUGUUCUCAACCACGAUGGCACGUAGACAGAUAUACCGAGUAAUACCAUGAGGCCCGGUUGAUAUUUACUGUGUGUUUUACUGGUGUCUAGCUAUAGAACCAUUACAUCCGAAAUAUGUGACCAUUAUGGGCUCCAUAUUUACAAAAAUUCAAAACAACAAUGACAUGCGUGAAGUGUUCGUUUAUUUAAGAAUGAAAUGAAAUGAAAUACUCGUAUGGGUAUGAUGAGUGAAUAUAUUGUGUACAUAAAGAUUUGAAGAAAGAUACUAAAAUGCCUUAUAUCGAAUAUAAUGUUAUAAAGAAUUGUAUAUAUGAGCCUUGUUUAAGCUGAAUAUAAGAGGUAAUAUGAAAUGUAGAAAUUUGCAAAAAGAAAUAGUUACCUUAUGAUUGACUGUAAGAGUUGACACAGUUAUUUGACAUCAUAGCCUGCUUACACGUUACCCAAAUGAUAUUAUGGCAAAAAUACAGUGGAGUACAACUAACCCAAAAAAUUAUAUGGCGAUCUAUUGGAAAGUAAGUAAUGUUUAUUGUAGUGAAACUUUGUUAAUUCUUAAUUUAAUUCGUUUUUUACAAUAAGAUAAAUGUCAAAUUUGACAGGAACGGUGUUAAUUCGAUUCGAGUAGACAAGUCUUGUUUUGACGUAAAUUGGAGUCGAUUUUGACUUGAAAAGAUUGGUGUCAACUUUGACUAUAAUGAAGUGUCAGGAUAGAACGGAAUCAAGUUUGAGUAAAGAGGAAUAGUGUCCAGGUUGACUAGAAUCGUGCCUGAUUCCCGCGGAUCCAGUGAUAUAGUCAAUAAUUAUGUACUCAGUACUUCACAACAAUUUCUCAGCGUCCCUAUAUCUCGGUAAAAAAAAGCGUUAUUAUUAUGAUUUGUAAUGUUUUGAAAACGUUUAUAAUGUUGACAUUUUGUAUGUAAUGUCAUAUCGUAUAUGCAAUAUAUGAAAGUAAUUAUUAGCAUUUUGACAAAUGUUCAUCAAAUGAAUUUACAUUAACUGCAUUAAUAUAUAUUUGUUAAAUGUUAUAAAACAUUCAUGUUGCGGUUUAUCCAACUAUCCAACAAUUACAGUUUAGGUUUGUAAAUCUGUAAAUGUGUUGCCUUGGAUUAUGACUGCCAUUCGAUUAUAAUUAUUGCUUUCAAAGAGAAAAAAAAUGUCACCUUAGUCUGAUUCA